AUGGAACUUCUUCUGCUCCCUUCGCCUAGCGUCUCGUUCAUCCUGACAUGUCUGCUGUCCCUCAACAUGAGCCGUACCAGCUUUCCAGGGGCUGGCCGGCGUCAGUUUUUCUUGAUUUACCUCGAUAACUGCAUGCUUUUAGCCCGAUCAGGGCGAAUGAGCCUGUAUGCCUAUGCAACGAGAACGCGUAAGUCUGCCAAUCAAGGGUAA